UGAGCCUCUCAUGAAUACAUCAUCUUGGAGAUUAGUACUUGUACCUGUGCACUCGCCGUGGGUGUCAGCACCCACCUUCUCGAUAUAGAUCUAUGUAUACAUAGGGUAUCUCUAUAUGUAUAUUGUAUCUGUAUACAUUGCAAGAGCUGCAUGGACUAAAAGGACUUGUAUUGUGCCUCUUUCACGCAAGAUCUUUAAGCACUGAGUCAUUGGCUUUUUAAGGGGUGGGACUUUUUGGGAUUUUACCCCAUCCUACAUCUUUUUUUUUUUUGGUAUUUUUUGCCAAACUGACUUUUAACCCUUCAGCCAGUGAGGACCCUCCCUGGUUGGUAAUAUAUUUAAGUUUUUUUUUCUCCCUUUUUUUUUCUUUCUUGCAUUUCGGUGUUUCUUCUCAAGCACGGAGAGCAGCUGCAGUUGCUGUGAGGCUGAUGUAAAAGACGGCUUUUUCAUGUGUCUGAUGUUGGAGAUUGUGGUUCAUUUUAUUUAUUUCAAACUGUUCCUUGCUCUUACAAGUUGAUCUCCUGGGGACUGGACGGCUUUGCAAUAAAAAAGAAAAAGGAAAAAAACGAAAGAGGGAGAAAGACAGAGAGAAAGAGAGAGAGAGAGGGGGAAAGAGAAGGACUUUUUCCACUCCCGUUGAUGCCUACGGCAAAUUUUGGACCUCAUCUUUAUGCAUGUGGCUGUUUUAUGCAGAAGACUUGGAUGCAUUUCCAGGAGUUUGUUGUUUGUGUAUUUUUUUUCUGAUUUAAAGCAAUUUCAUUUGCAUCCCGCGCAUUGAGUUUGGAUGUAAGACAUCACACGUUUUCUAGGAUUGCUCAAUUUCUUGUAGCUACUCAACUAUCACCCGGCUCAAAGGAAGACAAGGACAGAGGCGGGGGAUACAGAUACAUAAAGUACCCCAAAGACACAGAGUGUUCAGACAGGCAGCAGCACAGAUACUUCACACCAUUAUCUUUGCAGACUGCAACUGCAGGAUUUCCUUUACAGAGAUUGGAAAGAAAACAUCUCAUUCUUCAUACGGCUGCAAAAGAAAACUAUUGUGCGUCAGCAAAAUAUAUAUCUUUCUCUCAAACGCUGCUUUUUGAAAUCCUGUCACUCUGCAAGAUUUUUAACAAGCAAGUCAUACAAGCAUCAAGUCUUGCAUACUCCGUCACUUUCUAAGGAACAAGAGGAACAAUAUAUUUAUCUCAAUUUAUAUACCGGACCUAGCAGGAUUCAGAUGACUGCUUCUAACACAUACCCUUGAAUCCUGUUUCUUUUAGUUCGUUGUGUGGGUUGGCAACUGGUUGGUAGUGAGUAUAAGGUGCCCCCUGGGGAAUGUGUCCCUUGAUUCCCUGCCCUGCUCGGUGUGCAGGGAGCCCGGCGUGAAUGUGCACCGCCCUGCUUCUCCUGCUCUCAGUAGCAGCAACCGCAGCCUUACGGCCUCCAGCACCUCCCUGAGCCGGGCUGCAUCUCUGCUGCAGCAGCGCUCCUGUUAUAGCACCUAAUAUCCUGUCCUCGUAGGAAAGCAACUGUUCCUGCACAACCAGCAAUCCCCUCUUUCCCUGCUCAGCUCCUCUCGUCUUGUCUGUAUUUGCUCCUCUCGCGCCCCCUCUUUUUGGCCGGGAGUGAUGUUGCACGUGGAGAUGUUGACGCUGCUGUCUCUUCUGCUCUGGAUGUGUGUUUGCAGCCAGGAUCCUGGCUCCAAGGUGGUUGCCGAUCGCUAUGCGGUCUACUGGAAUAGCACCAACCCCAGGUUCAUGAGAGGUGACUACCAUAUUGAUGUCUGUAUCAAUGACUACCUAGAUGUAUUUUGCCCUCAUUAUGAAGACUCGGUGCCGGAAGAUAAAACUGAACGCUAUGUUCUGUACAUGGUGAACUUCGAUGGCUACAGCUCCUGUGAUCACACAUCCAAAGGCUUCAAAAGAUGGGAGUGCAAUCGACCCCAUUCCUCCAAUGGACCACUAAAGUUUUCAGAAAAAUUUCAACUCUUCACUCCCUUCUCAUUAGGGUUUGAGUUCAGACCAGGCCGGGAAUAUUACUAUAUAUCUUCUGCAAUUCCAGAUAAUGGAAGAAGAUCCUGCUUGAAGCUCAAAGUUUAUGUUCGACCACCAAACAGCUGUUUGAAAACUGUAGGUGUUCAUGACCGUGUUUUCGAUGUUAACGAGAAAGUAGAAAAUUCAUUAGAACCAGCAGAUGACACAGUUCAUGAAUCAGCUGAGCCGUCCCGUGGUGACAAUGCAGCAACAGGACCACGGAUACCAAAUUGGCUUUUGACAACCCUACUGUUUCUUCUGGCCAUGCUUUUGACAUUAUAGCACAGAAUACUGUACAGAAGAGCUCCACAACAUCAGGGUCUGGAAACAUCAAAGAUCCACCUAACUGCUUCACCCGAGAAAGGAACUUUAUAUGAUUAUUAUUUUUUCAGCUUUUUUUUUUUUUUAAACGUUUUUUAUUUUUAUUUCUAUUCCCAGUCUCAAAUGGCCAUGAUUUUCACAUGAAUAUUUAGUUCAUAUAUACUAUAAUUUUGCUGUUCGUUAUUGUUCCAGGACUGAAAAAAAAUUUACAAAAACAAAGAAGAAAAAAAAAAGGAAAACUUCUGAUAAAAA